GUUUGUGUCUGUCUACAUCUGCGCCUGCGUACAGCGGUUAUCGGGGAACAUUUAGCAGACGACAUUUACAAUUUUGCAAUUUUCGACACUUUCUGUCAAACUUAUGACAGACACUAAGCUUGAACCUGGUAUAUUUGAGCAGAACAGCGUUCUUUAUAAACUUCUCAUGUAACAAUUCGAAAAGGAAUAAAUAGGAUCGUAAAAGUGAUCAGCAUCUAACAUGGCGAUGACGACCGCAUAAUCCAAGUAAAAAAGAAAAAUUGUCAAGAUAGAUGAAUACAGCAGGAAGGAAAAAUCUGCAAUGUGGUAGUAAAAUCUGUUUAGUUUAUUCCUUGUUGCUCCUUUGGGGAGCAUAGGGCCGCAACAACACCUCGCCAGCGGACCCGGUUUUGGGCAGCUCCCUUCAGUUAAGCCCAUGUGAUUCCGAUGUCCUUUCCCUCGCUCUCUACUGUUCUUUUCCAAGUAUUCUUUGGAGUAAAAUCUGAGGAUGAUCAAAUUCUUUCUAAUAGCCAACCGUGUUGGCCAGCUGCGAGUUUCCAGGUAUUUCGAGAAGAUUGAUUCUUUAAAACGACAGCAUUUGGAAUCUACAAUUAUUAGCCACUGUCUCAAAAGAAUUGAUAAGCAGUGUACAAUUUUUCAACUUGAAGACACAGUUAUCAUCUACAGAAAGUAUGUCAACUUGUACCUGAUUGUAGGAACAACACCCGAUGAGAAUGAACUUGCUGUUCUAGAGCUUAUGCACAACUUCCUGGAAACACUUGAUUUAUACUUUAAGAAAGUGUCUGAGUUAGAUAUUAUGUUCAAUCUGGAUCGGGUGUACAUGAUUUUGGAUGAAAUGUUGAUCAAUGGAAUUGUGGCUCAGACUACAAAAGAUCGUAUUUUAGUACCAAUUCAGAUGUUUGACUCUCUAGAAUAACAAACUUUUAACAUUGAUGCGAUUUACAUGUUACCUGAUUGUGGUUAGUGGCUUUUUAAUUCAUUGAUUUUAUUGCCCAAAAUAUGUUAAGUUUGGUUAUUAUAGUAAAGUUUGGUUUGGUUAUUAUGCUGAAUGUACUACAAUAUAUGUCUCCUUCAAUUUUUGUGUUAAAUUAUAUCGAUGAAGGAAAGGAGAACAGACUAUUAUCAUCCAGAUAUUUUGCAUAGCCCUUCUUGUUCUGUGAAGAGAAAAGAUUUAGAGGCACUGAUUGUGUCAGUUUUUCCCCAUAAUUCAUUAUUAGUAAUUCAUUUAUAAGAAACUCGUGAUAAUGACUUAAAAAGGGACUUCGUCUGGAAUGAAUACUAGAGUAUUACAAAAAGUAUAUUUGAAGGCUUUUUUGCAUUUAGAACAAUGUUUGUGUUGUCGAGUAAAGAUUAAAGCUAUCUCUAGCUGUAGUGUUAGGUGCUUAGUGAGUGGUCACUUGAAAAAAUACACUCCAAGUCCAUGUUUAAGGAAUCAGUGCAUGCACUUUGAUUGUCAGCUUGUCAAUUAUUAAGUUUUGUAAGUAUCAACAUUCUGUCAUCAUAUUAAAUUAUUGUUUUAGCCCUUAUUAUUAGAAAGUAGAAUCAGAUGAAAAUCUUUUUAAUCUGUU